CAUGGCGAAGAAGCUGGCGGCGGAUGAUCCGAAUCUGAUCGCUAUGAUCGUCGACCAUCUCAAGAGCCGCGGCCUUUUCGAUGAGUUCCGCAGAGACUGUCUGGCUGAUGUUGACACCAAGCCAGCCUAUCAGAAUCUCAGGCAAAGAGUUGAUAAUUUUGUAUCCAAUCACUUGGCUAAUCAUGAGUGGAAUCCAAGCCUUAACAAAAAUCAGUUGCGUAAUGAACUUCGACAGAGGGUCUGUAAAUCAGGCAUGUUGGAAUCAGGCGUUGACAGAAUUAUCUCUCAGGUUGUCGAUCCAAAGCUGUAUCACAUUUUCAAACCACAGAUAGAGAAGGCAGUCCAUGAAUUUAUGGCUACAGAAAUGAAAGAGGACGUUGUGCCAAAUCCACCUCCAGAGCCUGAAAAACAAGAGCUCUCUGCUUCAGCUUCAGGUACACCCUGAGGUAGCACUUCAAAUGCCCUAGCACCAGCAUAAUGAUGACCGGCAUAAUGUUUUCUGCCCUGAGCAGCAGCAUCUUCAACUGUAGUUGCACAAUCAGUUAAGAAUAAAUUUCAUUCUGAGGCAAAGUCCUUUUCUAGGAUAAACCAAGUUGGAUGCUGUCAACUGUUUACAGCAGCAUUGCUGCAUCAUUAUGUUAAAUAGAGGAAGUCUUGGGAAAUGGACACUGAAGAAAACAUGAAAGUUGUUGGACCGUAAUUGCAGACAGAAUUUGGGGACUUCGGGAACCAAUGUGAACAGACGCACUGAUGCUUUGGGCAACAUUUCAAACUUUGAAGAAAUAUAAAGUGAUUAGAAUAAAUGAGGAAAAUGUUAUAUUAUAAAUGGACAAAUUAUGACUUCCAUUGAAGAAGAACGUGUACUGAGGAGAUGAAGUUUUUAAUUUCCAAUUUCCUAUUUCAUGCAAGAUAGCCUACCUAUCCAAAAGGUAACUCCCUUUUCUAAAAGUGCAUUGAUUCUUUGAAUUUUUUUUUGCACCAAAAUAUAACAUUUACUUUCUUGGGAGUGCUUCAGAGAAUACAGAGUAGAAAGAAGAUCUGUGCUUAUGUUGGCAUCUUUAGAACAUUUAAUGCUCAAUUAUUUAUGGAGCAAUGAUUUGAAUACCCUGUAUGUCAGUAACUUAAGGUUGGCUACAGAAAUCCACUAGUGAAUGGGUUAAAUAAUUUUCCAAAAACUCUUUUGUUAAAAUGUUACUUUAAAAAUAUUGUAUUGAAAGCUUCUAUUUGUUCUAAAUAAUUUAUACUGCUGAAUUUAUAUAUUUACUCGUUACAAUUAAAUCAGAUCAUCGUCCAUUGAGAACCCUGGUAAUUAGUUAGCUGCAUAUUUGUCUUGUUUUACAAUUGCUGUUUCGUUCUGUCUCUCCUAUUCUUGCAAAAGCCUUAUGUUGGGGAACAAGAGAUGCUAUCUUGGUGUACUGACUCCUAGAUUUUCUUCUCUUUUUGGCACUGACAUAGCCACAUAUUGCACUGUAUUAAAACUUCAAGAAAAUUGGACAAACAGAAGCUUAAUUGCCAUAUAAUUGAGUACUAAAUUGUCACUUGCAUGGAACUGAUUUGAUGCUGUAAAGCAAUGCUGGAUAUUUCUCCGUCUUUUGUUCUGUGUCUUGGCAGAAGUGCUGUCUUCUAAUUACCAGCUAUGUAUAUGAACAUUUGGAAUUUUGUUGGUGUGACCUGAGCAGAAGAAGUUCUAAACAAAAAAAAAGGACGGCCUUGUGAAUUUAUUCUUUGAUUUUUUUUGUCAACUUCUUUCAAAAGUAGUGCACCAAACCCCCCCCCCCCCCCACCCCCACCCCACCCCACCCCAUUGCAGAUCAAUUUACAGAAUUGCAUUUGUAAUAAUAUAAAUUGCAAAAUGGCUUUGCAUAUGCCAAGUAAAACAGGGAAUAUAUUUCAGAACUCAGCUCCAUAGUUUGAAUGCAGCUCCACUUGCGCAAGAAAUGAUGGAUGACAUCCAUGAAGCAAUCUUGCACUUAAACCUUAAGGAAUAGGAAUAGAAUUCAGUCAUUCACCCCAUCAAGUCAGAUCUGCCAUUCAAUCAUAGCCAAUAUGUUUCUCAACCCCAUUCUUCUGCCUUCUCCCCAUAACUCUUGAUCCUGUUGCUAAUCAAGAACCUAUCUCUGUCUUGAACACACCCAAUGACUUGGAUGCCACAGUGCUGUGCAGAAAUUGCAGAUUACUACACAAUUUCACAGAUUAUACAGUUACACAGAUUAACCACUCUCUGCCUGAAGACAUUCAUCCUCAUCACAGUUGUAAAGGGUCACCCCUUCACUCUGAAGCUGUGCCCUUUGAUCCUAGUCUUUCCUAUGAGUGCGAACAUCUUCUCCAUAUCCACUCUAUUCAGACCCCUCUGUAUUCUGUAAGCUUCAAUCGGAUACCCUUAUCCUUCUAAACUCCAAUCCAGUACAGACCCAGAGUUCACAACCUUCACCAUAUGACAAAUCCUCCAUCCUUGGGGUCACCCUUGUAAGCUUUCUCUAGAGCCCCUUGAAGGCCACCUUGCCCUUGCUUCGAUAAGGAGUCCAAGAAUCUAAUUACUCCAAAUAUGUUCUGAAAAAAGUCUCAUACAGCCUCUCCAAUAUAUCUCUGCUAUUGUAUUCUGGCCUGCUUAAAGUGAAUGCUAACAUUGCACUUGCCUUCAUAACUGUGUCAUGAAAAUCUAGUGUGAAGCUUACAUGUGCACAACUGCAUUGGGUAAGAAUUAUGGGAGACAGAAUUCUAUCUCUGUCAUUUUUAUAUUGUCCCUAACCUUGAUCUCCAAUUCUUUUAUCCUGGCAUUUGGGUCAGUUCCCUGUAUUUGCAUUAUUAAAUUCAGUUUCCUUUAUCCCAGUGAAAAACACCAGACAUUGCUUUCUCAUUGAAUUCUAGGUCUACCAGGAUAAGGCAACUUGAAGGCUUCAGAUUCGAUCUGAAGUCAGUGCUAACUUGGGAAAUCUUCAACAGGAUGGGACACCUUAUCUCUCUUCAGAGCCCUUAGUUUUAAUAGGUCAGGGGUGCUGCAACUAUUUGUCACAACAAUUGUAACUGGACUUUUCCAUGAUGGAUGAGGGCAAAACUCUGUGGUGAUACUUCCCAAAAUUGAAUGUGCAACCUCAUUGGCUCAGACUAUUCAAGUUGGUUUUGAUUUGGUAGUCGCUGGAUUUCCGUACAGCUCUAUGAAUCGUCUUAAAACAAAGGGAUGGAAGAAGAUCUAAAUACAGACAAGUUAAAAGUUCGAGGCUUUUGUUUUUUUUAAGCUAAUUUUGAUUUGGUUUCUUUUCCAGAAUAGAUUUUUUUUAAACUUCCCUAGAAAGGAGUGUUUUUAUUUGCCUCAUCUCCUUCCCACAGGUAAUGAAUUAUGUAACUUUGCAUGUUUGCUAAAUGAUUCUGCAUUUUCAUUUUACUAUAAUAUCUGGGUUCUCCUUCAGAAAAUGUUACUGAAAUGGGCUGGGAGUGACAGUACCUCUUGGCCUUUGUACCUAUUCACCCCUGAUCAUUUGGUUUGAAUUUCAAAGCAUAUAACCAAGCAUAAAUUUCAGUAAUUUUACUUCAUGUUCAUCUAAAAUUGCACAGAUGAUGUUCUGGUAGUUUAGACCAGGGAAGUAAAGUAUCUGAAGUUAGGAUUUUUGCCUUAAUUUUUGAAAUCCAAGUGACUCUAAUCUAAAGCCAAAGUUUGGAUCACUGGACAUGUGCAAUAAUUAAGCAUUGAGCAUCAGCAGCAAAAACCUGAAUGCUUGGCCCAGUUACUUAAAAGCAUCCUUGAUACCUUGAAGUGGCAAGACUUAGUCAGCUAUGUAGGAUCAUAUCUGUCUCCAGGGCCAAGUACCCUACAAGUAGGCUGGACUGUACAAUGGUCAGUUGAGAAAUCCGUUAUUUCAGGAGAGGAGGGAAAGAGAACUAUUUCAUAAAUGAAAAUGAAUUAGAGACUCAGCUUGACCCAGCAGGGUAUGGUUUCGCCAUUAGCAUAGAACGUGGGGAGAACCCAAAUAUGUUUCAUUCUGGAUGUGUGUUUUCCCUUGGAUCACCCCCACUUUUUAUCAACCAUAUCAUUUCAGGAGUUAAUUUAGUAUUGUUCAUCUCAAUAAUUUGUCCUUCUGCUGGGAAUCUUUAAUAUGAAGUAAAAUUUGGGACGGUAAAAUCCCAAAUGCUCAGGGUUGUGUUUUCUUUUUUCUCCCCUGUUUAUUUUGUGGCCAAUUUAAGUUGCAGAGAACCAUUUAUGUUGCAUAGAGAUCCUUAAAGACAGGUAUUUUCCACCUUAAAAAUCAGUUAGGUUAAAUAAAAAGGUUACACUUUGCCAAGUAUCAAGUUAGAAACCUUUUAGUGCUUCCAAUGGUUUUGCACUGCCCCCAAGUUUUAGUUGAAUCACUGGAUUACCAAGACUGAUUUCAGAGCAUGCUGCACAAAGUAGACCUUUUUUUUAAAUUACUGAAAGCCAUAAGUAUCUUUUUGUCUAGACUAAGAGUCAACAGGGUACCAUUUAUAAAAUUAACAAUGAUGUAGAAUUGUUGGUUCUGUGAACCAAUUGCAGGGCUGGUCCCUUGCAAAUGUAUAGUUACAUGUCUUUAGUCCUGUAGAAGGUGCACAGAAGCACCCAUUGUACUAGCAUUCAGUACCUAAGGUUAAAUUUGUGGUGGAAUCCUAAAUUGAGUUGCUCACUAGGUCUGAUUGACCUAUAUGAUUUUUAUUGACACUUAAUGUAUGUGCUAGCUCCUAGAUGCCUUGAAUACCUUAACCUUGGUGGAACACCUUUCUUUGUUAUUUUUCUAAAGUAAAUUCUAACAUUUCCAAGGGCCAUAUUUCUGGAUUGAGUUCACUUCAUUUUUGUAUGCUUAUGCAAUCCAUUUAAAAAUUAAUUGGUUGCAACUGAUAGUAAAAUUCAAUGGUCUCACUUUUUUGAUAGUUGUGAAUUAGUUCUACCGCAAUUCUGGAAGUUACACACAAUUUUCUUUACAAAAUCUUUCCUGUUAUACGCUUUCAGUAAAACUCAAGAUAUCCUUCCCCAAUUGUGUAAUUUUAAAAUAAAAUUUUUAAAAACCUGUUUUGGCUCUGAAGUGGAAGACUUGCAAAAUUUAAGUGCACUCUAUAUGUCUUACAAAAUAAGAUGGAAUUGAAACUACAUCAGAGAUAUCUAAUCAACAUUUCAUGAGUAGUGCAAAUGAUAUCCAUUUUGGAUUAAUGUUAUACUUGAAGUGCAAUUUGCAAGUUUUGGGCAAGUUUAAUAAAAUUGAUCAUUGUAACUUUUUCCUUUCUAAUGUUAACUGCAACAUGUGAAAAUUGAUAUGAUUAUUUUUUAAAUGUAGACAAGAACUAAUGAGUUAUAUAUUUAUAGAAAUGCCAUUAGUAUAGAUUAUUUAGUAUUGUAAUUUAGGAAGUAUCCUUGUGACAGAAAUUUAUAAUUGGCCAAAAUAUCUCCUGAAUAAGUUUAAAAUUUAAUGGAUUUCCACCUCAUUCUUAAAAAUUGAGUUGCAUCAUGGGAUUGGGGUCGUCAUUCUAUGAAAUGACAAUCACCAGAAUAUGCACAAAUAAAAGAAUUGAACAGAAAAUCUGCAAAUUGUGAUCAACUUGGGCAGCAGAUAAAGAAGCAACAAAAUUGAAAAACGUUUUCUAGCAUUUUACAAUUUGAUUUAUAGAUAAAUUCUGAACUAAUUGAAAUCUUUCAGUCACAACAAUUUAUUUUUGAUAACUUGUGGACCUCUUUUUUUUAAAAAAAAGCCUCACCUAAAUAAAUGUUAUCUUCAUGUCUGUCAGUUUCUAACUUGAAGAAAAAUCAAACACUGUACUGAUGUCUUGAUGUUGAUGAAUAAAAUAAAUUUACUCAGGUAGAUUAUGCUAUAUUAUUGUUACUAAAGAUAUGGUAAUAAACCCAAAGAUGAAGCAUCAAUCCUGUUAAUUCUGCUCCCACAUAUCUACUCAGCUGGUCAGAACUCAAAUAAUAACAUUGUCACUUUUUAUUUCAACAGAGCAAAUAAAAGUAUGGAAAUUAGGCCCAGGAAAAUUAUUGGUUGUAAUUUAAAAGGAGUCUGAUUCUAUAAGCAUAAUAAAUGUAUUUAAUUAACUUUACUGUUUAAAAAUAAUUAAUUUAUAAAUCUGGAGGGAUCUUCUAGAAAGUUAACAUUCAAUGUAUUCUGUAUGAUGUGUAAAAAUUCCAUUAUUCUUGUGUUUAGGUUUGAUGUCCAAAUGCUGUAUUUUAAGAAGGUGACUUCAUUGAUCACCAAAUUCUGGGGAAAAAAAAACUUUGCAAUUCCCUCCUCUGAAAUGUAUGUUCACCAUUUGUGACAGCUGCACUAUAACAAUGUAAAAAUGCAUCAUGUUUGAAUA